AUGCUGCCGUCGACCAAUGGGGUGGAGAGGGAGGGCGUGGGAGCGGGAGCAGGAGGAGGAGGAGGGGGAGGAGGAGGAGGAGGAGAGUUGGUUGAGCCGGGUCUAUUGUCACAAGCAGUGGCAGCAGUAUCAGUCGCUCUUAAGUUCCCAGUACCAAGCACAGCAGGGGAAGCACCGAGCCCUGAGCAAGCUGUUGCGGAAGCGGCUGCGCUGCUGGUGGAGGGGCGAUUGGAGGAGGCAGCAGAGGCGAUGGAGAGAGGGGUGAAGGGGACACGAGCGGAGGGAGUGGUGAGGCAGUGGGGGGAGGAGGUGAGGGGAAGGGCGGCAGUGGAGCAGGCGGUUAGGGUGAUGCAGGCACAUGCAGGGUGCAUAGCGGCAGAGCUGCGUAGAGUCAAAGCGGUUCUGAGUGGUACUGUUGGAGGGAAUGGUGAGGCAGUGGGGGGAGAGGUGAGGGGAAGGGCGGCAGUGGAGCAGGCAGUUAGGGUGAUGCAGGCACAUGCAGGGUGCAUGGCGGCAGAGCUCCGUAGUGCGGUUCUGAGCCUUAAUGUUGGAGAUGGCGGGGGAAGAAGUGACCGAGGAGGUGCAAGGUGGGAGGAGGUGGAACAGGCGUUGGAAGUGAUGCACGCGCCGAGUGCUGCCGAGCCGAGUGCUGCUGAGUGCAUGGCGGCAGAGUCCAGGAAUAGCUGUGUUUCAUGCUGA